UCAGGACGAAUGUUUGGUGUCUCCAUGUUUCACCAGAUACAUUGUCUGCAAAUGAUCCGGAAAGCCCUCAUUAACGGAUCCCGAUGCCAUAGCGGUCAUUGCCUCAACUUCUUGCGGCAGGCUGUUCUUUGCAAUGCUGACACUACCCUAGACCCAUUCUUCGUCGACCCUGAUGGAACGAUGACAGGCACAGACGGCUUGGGUAUGACAACUGUAUGCCGAAAUUGGGCACAGGUUUAUGCUUACACCGUGGAGAACCAG